AGGCGAUUAAAGAAAGUGAAAGCAUGUUGUUGCGGAUGGUGCCCGGAGGACUUUUAUUAUGAAAGUAUAGAUCGCCGCUGGCCGGAAAAGAAAGUGCUUUCACUCUAGCGAUCGCUAGAUCAUCGCAGCCAUUGCUCACGUGCAGUCCUCCAUCUGUUAAGACCCACAGACGGACACUGCAGCUCCCUUUCGUGACAGAAGAUUGUUUAUGGUGUUGUGUGCGUCCUAUAAGAAGAAACCACACCCCCUAUACACCCUACAAACAUCCCUAAGUGCUCAGAUCAAGGAUCUAGUGUUUCAGUUCAUACAAGCAAGCGCACGCCAAGUUAUCUUCUCAUUGGCCUAAAUGUUGAUGUACUAAGCCCUACGGACUUCAGUGGAUGCUUUAAAGCUGCUCUGCCCAUACUAUCAAUGUUUGCUGCUGGAUUAGAGCUCACUCCCCAUCCUGUUAAUUCUUACUGAUUGAUAGCUGUACAGGCUGGCUCCCCCCCCCCCUUUGUGGACAAUUUGCAGUUUGCAAUAAACCCUGUUUAACUUCACCUCAUCUCUCUGUCGUGUUCUAACCGACACCCCUGGUUCGCUACGCUCCCUUUAACUAGCCCUAACGGCAAGGUAGUCUUCACUACAUUUAUUGGUCCUUCGAGCCGGAUUGUAGUUGUGCUAGGAUUAUGCAGCAGAGUGAGCACGCAUCGUGGGCCCUCCCACGGCCAAGACGUCAGGUGAGACAGCCAACAUAUUUACAAGAUUAUGAAGUGAGUGCUGUGCGACCCAAGUCACAUACUUCAAGAAAUUUUAAUUUGUCCCUGCCUGUCCCUAGUGAGUCAGUGCACAGCCAGCAGCCUCACAUUCAGUGGCGCAGACCCCCUGAGACACAAGCAGAGUAUGCGUUAGAUCCAGAAAAUCAGUAUGAGGAUAUCAGCCGUGGAUGGCCACUUAACCCUAAACCAUGCACUCAGGUGGACAUUGAGCAAAGUGAGUUAAUCAGAGGAAGCAACGCGAACAGUUAUACUUCACUAUAUGGCCAGAGAAGGGAACCCAUGUUAUCGGCUUUGAACCAAGCACCAGUAGCUGAACAGUGCGAUCCACUAUUUGAAUCAUGGCCAGUUUCUUCUAUGCCAGUAGCAGAGGCCCCUUUGAUGCCUGAGGAAGAGAAUGAAGAAGUAGAUACGCCACCUCCCCCCCGGCCUUCCUCUAACUACCUACCAGAGCCAACAGUUGAAGAACACCGUGUGUUUACUGCUAUUGAUCGGAUGAUGAGUGAGUUACAGUUAAUGAGAGACAGAAUGACGCCAAACCGCAUAGCACAAACUCAUCCACAUUCGACACAUCAGAGUCAUAACUCCCCUCACCAUAGUAGAGGCUUGGAACAUAACACUUGGUGCCAGACGCAACAGUCAGGACCCAACAUAUCUAGCUUUGGUCACCCGCCCAGUAUGCAUAGCACCAGUAGAGGUCCUUUACCUCAGCCACGAGUAAGACCUUAUAUGAGUCAGCCUCAGAAUGCAAGGAGCCGAGAGCAAUCAUGGGUAUCCACAUGUCAAUCAGGAGGAGAGUAUCGGGGGCCUGCUCCGAAAAUUCCUCAGUUUAUCCAUAAUGACCCCAUGGAGUUUUCACGAUUCAAGUUGGCUCUGACUAAUCUGUUGCCAGCAGAUGCUCCUGAACUCUUUAAGUAUCAGAUACUUGUAGACCAUGUGAAGCUUGAGGAGGCCUGUCUCAUCGCUGACUCCUUCAUUAAUUCACCCCGGCCAUACACCGAUACAAUGAAUGCUUUAACAGAGAAGUUUGGACAGCCACACCACAUAGCCUUACGGCGAAUAGCUGCUUUGAUGGAGUCACCGGAGAUCAAGAGAGGAGAUCUAAUGGCCUUUGAACGGUUCUCGCUGCAUGUCCAGUCACUGGUAGGAAUGCUCCAGACUUUGGGCCCAGAUGGAGAUGUCGAGCUGAGCUGCGGCUCACAUGUAGCACGCUUACUUACCAAGCUUCCCAUCGAAAUGAGAGCUAACUUUCGUCGUUCAAGGUUCCAUCAUCCGAGACAUACCCCUACCCUGCUCGACUUAGCUGAAUGGUUACGCUAUGAGUCAUGGUGCCAAGGUUACGACACCACUCCAGAACCUCGCACCUCACGGGUGACUGGAUUAAGAGCGGAUAAAAGAUUUAAUAAGCCUGUUGCUACAGUUCUUCAUGGUUCUGAGAGUAGUACUUCAAACAGAGCUCAGUCAGAGAGUCAGAGCCCAUCCUCCUCCAAGCAGAAGAGCCAUAUCAAACCUUACUGCCCCUACUGUAACAAUACAGAGCACUUCCUCAAUAAAUGUCAGGCCAUUCAGAAGCUUACACGGGAACAGAUCGUAGAGUGGAUUAAAUCGCACAAACGGUGCUGGAGAUGUGGAAGAGCCCAUCAAGCCUCUCAAUGUGACCUGAAGAGGCUCUGCGAUAUCUGCCAAAAGAGGCACUUAAGAGUACUACAUGAUGCUAAUACUCGUCCUGAAGAGUCCAAAGCUGAAAGCUGCCUAGUGAACACCAGCCUGGAUGUCCUGUAUCUUGAUAAACCAUCGUCUCAUGCUCGAGUACUGCUAAAGGUUGUCCGAGUCACCCUACAAAAUGGAGACAAGACACUAGAUACUUAUGCAAUCUUGGACGAUGGAUCAGAGAGGACAAUGCUCUUACCAGAGGCAGUCAACCAACUUAAUUUGGAUAAGAGACCCGAAACCCUCGCUCUCCGUACAAUCCGUCAGGAAGUCCAGACAUUGAAUGGAGCUUCAGUCUCAUUUAAAAUAUCAUCCACGUCGAAGCCCAAGAAAACAUUCCAGAUCAAGAAUGCUUUUACUUCCAAGCGCUUAGGCUUGGCAGACCACUCGUACCCCGUGGCCAGUCUCAAGAAGAGGUACAAGCACCUAGCUGACCUUCCCUUGGAGUCCUUCGCCUUCGUCAAGCCGCUUGUGCUGAUUGGUGCAGACUACCCUCAGCUGAUCUCUCCUGUUGAACCUGUGAGACUAGGCCCUCCAGGAGGUCCGGCAGCCAUUCGCACCCGAUUAGGCUGGACACUCCAAGGACCGGCACAUCUCAUCCAGUGGGCUCCAACUACCCAGCAGUGUCUUCACACUAGUAUAUCAUCACCAACCCUGGAGUUGAUGCAGAAUGUAGAGAGGCUCUGGAAGAUGGACGCUUUGCCGUAUCAGAGCACUAGGCUGGCUGUGAGGUCAAAGGAGGAUAAAGAGGCGUUAGAACUUCUGGAAGUCAAAACAAAGCGAGUACAAGACGCAGGCAUCUUCAGAUAUGCUACACCUUUGCUGAGGAAACAAGGUGUACCCCCCCUCAGAGCUCAGAAAGAAAGUGUCUUACCUAGCCUCAGGGCCCUAGAGAGACGUCUGGCCAGGGACCCUCAACAAGCCGAGGAGUACUGUGCAGCCAUUAGUAAGUUGGAGGAGGCAGGAGCCAUUAGGAGACUCACUACAAGUGAAGUAUUAGACUCUGCUGAGUCAUAUUACAUCCCGCAUCAUGUGGUGCGUCAUAAUGGGAAAAGUCGUAUAGUCUUCAAUUGCUCUUUCCCAUACCAAGGCCGUAGCCUUAACGACACCCUCCUACCAGGACCAACUCUUGGAGCCUCUCUUCUGGGAGUUCUGCUACGUUUCAGGGAACAUGCCGUGGCAAUCAGUAGCGACAUCAGAGGCAUGUUCCACCAAGUCCAACUUUUACCAGAAGAUCAGCCGCUCCUCAGAUUUAUAUGGAGAGACAUGAAACGUGCCGAUCCACCUGCAGUCUUUCAGUGGCAGGUUCUCCCCUUUGGUACUGCAUGUUCACCUUGCUGUGCCACGUUCGCACUCCAUAGACAUGCAAGGGAUCACAGUGGAGUAAAUAAUGCAGUCCUUCAUUCAGUGGAACAUUGUUUCUACGUGGAUAAUUGUCUCCAGAGUCUGCCGACAGCUGAGGAGGCCAAGGAGUUAGUUGACCAGCUCAGAGACGUGCUGGCAUCUGGAGGGUUUGAGCUCAGACAAUGGGCCUCCAAUGUACCUGAUGUUCUCCGACACUUACCUGCUGAGGUGAGGUCCGACAGUAUGGAGAGGUGGCUUUCGCAUGACGAACCUGGUCUUCCGGAACCAGCCCUGGGCCUCAGUUGGCACUGGGGAUCAGAUACCCUCGGUUAUAGAAGCAGACCUGUGGAAUACAAGACACUGACAAUGAGGAACAUUUAUAAAGUGCUGGCCCGCCAAUACGAUCCUUUGGGAUUCAUAGCGCCCUACACUACUCGAGCAAAGCUCAUUGUUCAGAGCAUGUGGGACAAACCCCGUGACUGGGAUGACCCAUGUAUCCCCCCUGACUUGCAGAAGGCAUGGACGACAUGGGAAUCUGAGCUUCACUGGCUACCUCACAUUGCUGUACCUCGUCCUUAUGCUCCAGGCCUCACUGAACCGAUGGUGGUCUCAAGACAGAUACAUGUAUUCAGCGAUGCCUCCACUAAAGCGUAUGGCUCUGUGGCAUACAUUAGGACUGAAGAUGUCCAAGGACGAAUACAGGUAGCCUUCCUCGCUGCACGAUCUAGAGUGGCACCUCGUCGCCAACACUCAAUCCCUCGCCUUGAACUUUGUGGAGCGUUGACUGCUGCUCAAUUAGCGAAGAAGAUCGAGACAGAGCUAACCAUCAAGACAGAUAAACCAAUACUCUGGAGUGACUCAACGACAGUAUUAACCUGGUUGCAUUCGGAGUCAUGCCGGUUUAAAGUUUUUGUGGGCACGCGUAUUGCAGAAAUUCAGGAGCUAACCGCAGGGAGUACCUGGCUUUAUGUUGACACUGCCCAGAACCCAGCUGACGAUGUGACCAGGGGAAAGGCCUUGGCAGAGCUUGCUGUUCCAAAUCGUUGGAGUCAAGGACCGCUCUUUCUUCAUAAACCCUCUACGGACUGGCCAUCACAACCUGGAGAACUCCUUGAGCAGGACAUUUCUGAGUACAAGAAAGUGACUCUAUGUGGAACAAUCUCCAAAGCUAACAGACAGGAGGCUCAAGGGGCCUUAACUUACCAGUCUUGGAAUGACCUGAUGGAGUCAGUAGCACAGGAGGCAUAUGGGGCGGCCAAUCAAGAUACCUGUUUAACUGCGGAGGACUAUCGUCGAGCGGAGAAGUCUAUCUUCAGUAGGAUCCAAGCAGAGUGCUUUCCAGAAGAGUUACAUUGUCUUAAAGCAGGUAAAGCUGUGCCUCGCAGCAGCCGUCUUGCAUCUCUAUCACCAGAGCUCGAUCCCAGUGAGGGAUUUAUACGAGUAGGAGGGAGACUCCGACGAGCUGAAGGGUUAGACACAGCCUUCAAGCACCCUAUUCUCUUAGACCCGUCACACCAUAUGACAAAACUCCUCAUUCGGGAUUACGAUGAACGACUCUGUCAUCCAGGUCCAGAGAGAGUCUUUGCGGAGAUACGUCGCACGUUCUGGAUCCUUCGUGGAAGGGAAGCCAUAAGGAGAGAGCAACACCAAUGCCAAGGGUGCCAGCGAUGGAAAGCUAAACCCUCAGUUCCAAAGAUGGCAGAUCUUCCCUUAGCUCGCCUUCGCCUAUACCAACCGGCAUUUUACUCAACAGGCGUUGAUUGCUUUGGUCCAUUUCAAGUGAGGAUAGGAAGACGUUCUGAAAAGAGAUGGGGCAUUAUUUAUAAAUGUCUUACAACUAGAGCGGUCCAUUUGGAUCUCCUGCAUGCCAUGGAUUCGGACUCGUUCCUAAUGAGCUUAAGGCGAUUCAUUGCGCGCCGUGGCAGUCCAGCUGAGCUUUAUUCUGACCAGGGCACGAAUUUCAGAGGAGGUGAAAAGGAGCUGAGCGAAUGGUUUAGUCGCAUGUCUCCUGACCUUCAGCAACUCCUCGCCAAGCAGAAAAUCGCCUUCUGUUUUAACCCCCCUGCAGCUCCACACUUUGGGGGGACAUGGGAGAGGGAGAUUAAGUCUGUUAAGAUGGCCUUGAAUACUGUCAUUGGAGCUCAGCCCAUAUCUGAGGAAGUCUUACGCACUGUUCUAUUGGAGGUCGAAGCAAUACUAAACUCUAAACCAUUGGGUUACACUUCCUCAAAUGUUGCCGACCUGGAUGCUGUGACGCCAAGUAUCCUUCUAAUGGGGCGGCUUGAUGGCACACUGCCGCCAGUUGUGUAUCCAAAGAGUGAAGGAUUAAGCCGGCGGAGAUGGCGUCACUGCCAAGUGUUGGCUGAUCACUUCUGGGCAAGAUUUAUCAGGUGCUAUCUGCCCACACUACAGUGCCGCCAGAAGUGGCGUGAUACUCAAGCCAACCUGACAAAUGGAGCUGUAGUCAUGUUGAUGGAUCCACAGUACCCUCGAGCACUCUGGCCUAUUGGCAGGGUGAUUAAAGUUCACCCAAGUGUGGAUGGAUGUGUACGAUCUGUAGAUGUACAAGUUAAGGACAGGGUUUACACCCGGCCUGUUGCCCGGCUUAUUCUUCUACCUGCAAUCCCAGCUGAGAAUGUUGAGGAAAUGGCUUGAAUGAAUCCUAAUUAACAGUACACUUUUGCAUGGUCAAAUUGCAAGCAAUUUGGGGGCGGCUGUGCAAAAGGCGAUUAAAGAAAGUGAAAGCAUGUUGUUGCGGAUGGUGCCCGGAGGACUUUUAUUAUGAAAGUAUAGAUCGCCGCUGGCCGGAAAAGAAAGUGCUUUCACUCUAGCGAUCGCUAGAUCAUCGCAGCCAUUGCUCACGUGCAGUCCUCCAUCUGUUAAGACCCACAGACGGACACUGCAGCUCCCUUUCGUGACAGAAGAUUGUUUAUGGUGUUGUGUGCGUCCUAUAAGAAGAAACCACACCCCCUAUACACCCUACAAACAUCCCUAAGUGCUCAGAUCAAGGAUCUAGUGUUUCAGUUCAUACAAGCAAGCGCACGCCAAGUUAUCUUCUCAUUGGCCUAAAUGUUGAUGUACUAAGCCCUACGGACUUCAGUGGAUGCUUUAAAGCUGCUCUGCCCAUACUAUCAAUGUUUGCUGCUGGAUUAGAGCUCACUCCCCAUCCUGUUAAUUCUUACUGAUUGAUAGCUGUACAGGCUGGCUCCCCCCCCCCCUUUGUGGACAAUUUGCAGUUUGCAAUAAACCCUGUUUAACUUCA